AUGUGCGCCACUACUGAAUCUCGAGGAGUUAUAAAUGACGACACUUUGAUUUCCAAGGAGGGAGGCUGCAAUGAGGACGCAAUGAGAGAGAGAAGCGAAGGCAGAUUUGCAAGUGGGUUUCUCCGACGGCAGCUACCGCUUUGUGGGCUUCUCCGAACGCUGCCGCUCAGCGAGAUGGGAGAAGAAGUACAAGCAUUGGGGAAGAUUGCAGGGCCCAUCGUGAUGACAACAUUGCUUAUAUAUUCGAGGUCCAUUAUUUCCAUGCUCUUCUUGGGUCGUCUUGGAAAAGCAGAGCUAGCCGGAGGCUCACUGGCGAUUGGGUUCGGAAACAUUACCGGCAACUCAAUUCUCAGGGGACUGUCGACGGGGAUGGACCCAAUCUGCUGCCAAGCAUAUGGAGCCAAGAGAUGGUCGGUGCUGAGCCAAACCUUUCAGAAAACGCUGUGUCUCCUCCUGCUUGUUUCCAUACCAAUUUCACUCUUGUGGCUUAACAUUGAUCCAAUCUUUCAAUGGUUAGGUCAGGACCCAGACAUCACAAAAGUUGCCAAGGUUUACAUGGCUUUCUCCAUUCCUGAAUUGCUAGCUCAAGCUCAUCUCUACCCACUAAGGAGCUUCUUAAGAACCCAGGGCUUAACCACCCCACUGACAAUGGCUGCCACCGUCGCCGCCAUCCUUCACCUUCCGGUUAACUACUUCUUCGUCACCUACUUGAAAUUAGGUGUCAAAGGUAUUGCACUGGGUUUUGCUUUUAACACUUUAAACUUAAAUCUGGGCUUGAUAAUAUAUCUGGCUUUAUCAAAAAAACCGCUAAAACCUUGGCAUGGGGCUACAAUCAUCUCCCCCUUUCAAGGCUGGGGGCCAUUGCUGAGUUUAGCACUGCCCAGUGCCGUUUCUGUGUGCUUGGAGUGGUGGUGGUAUGAAAUAAUGCUGUUUCUCUGCGGAUUGUUUAGUAAUCCGCAGGCUAGUUUGGCGGCAAUGGGCAUCCUUAUUCAGACAACAGGCUUGCUGUACAUCGUUCCAAUCUCUUUAAGCGCAGGCUUGACAACCCGCGUCGGCCACGCCUUGGGCGCUGGUCAGCCAACCCGUGCGCAAUGGACAUCAAUCAUUGGACUUACCAUCGCAUUUGCUUUUGGGCUCGCGGCCUUCAUCUUCAUGACAGCGUUGAGAUCAGUGUGGGGGAAGUUGUUCACAGACGAAUCACUCAUUCUCGAUUUGGUUUCUGCUGCUCUUCCUGUACUGGGUUUAUGCGAACUCGGCAACUCUCCCCAAACAGCUGCGUGCGGGGUUUUAACCGGCACAGCGCGUCCUAAACUGGGCGCCCGGAUAAAUUUGUGUGCAUUUUACAUCGUUGGAUUGCCGGUGGUCAUUCUCACUGCUUUCGUUUUCAAGAUUGGGUUCCUUGGUAUAUGGUUUGGGCUGCUAGCAGCGCAGUUUGCGUGUUUGUUUAUGAUGGGUUACACAUUGUUUCAAACAGAUUGGAAGCACCAAAGUAAAAGGGCUGAGGAGCUGACUCGUGCUGCAGAAUUGAAGGCAGAGAAGGAUGAUUUGGAAAGCGGCCUACUGACUACUGAUCUAUGA